GUCUUAUCCAAUAAUGUAAGUAAAAUUUAACACUUCAACAUAUAGAAGUGGAGUACUUACAAGGGUUUUACUUUAUUAUUCAAACUUCAGAGUUCUGCUGAACGUCGUCUUUUGUUGACUAGGAAUUGUCAAGGCAUUAUUGAUGUGAGUUCAAUAACUAGUACAAGCCCGUUAACUUGUACUACCAAAUCUAUGACAUGCAAUAAAUGGUGCUUAUCUUCAAACAGGAAAUAUCUACUACUACAUCGAUCUAUAAAUUCACAUAGAAGAAAUGGUAUGAUCAUAAUUCAAAAUCCACAAUGGAUUGGCCUAAUAACUACGCUCUUGUUUUCUUCUUUCUCUUUGCUCCUCUUCUCUGUUUAGCAGAGAGAACAACAUACAUUGUCCAUCUGGACAAGUCUUUAAUGCCUAAGAUAUUUGCUAGUCACCAUCACUGGCAUUCAUCCACCAUUGAUUCCAUCAAGAUUCCAACUCCUGCUUCGCUUAAUAGCCGACAUCCUGCUCCAAAGCUUCUCUAUUCUUAUGACAAUGUAUUUCAUGGCUUCAGUGCUGUUUUGUCCAAGGAUGAACUAGAAGCUUUGAAAAAGUCUCUAGGAUUUGUUUCAGCUUAUAAAGACAUACCUGUUGAACUCCACACUACACAUACCUCUGAGUUCCUUAGGCUCAACCCUUCCUCAGGUCUUCUGCCAGCUUCUAAUUUUGGUCAGGAUGUCAUCAUUGGUGUUGUUGACACGGGAAUAUGGCCCGAAUUGCCUAGCUUCAAGGAUGAUGGCAUGCCUGAAAUUCCCAAAAGAUGGAAGGGAAUUUGUCGAGCAGGCACUGAUUUCAACUCUUCACUGUGCAACAGAAAAAUCAUUGGGGUUAAUUAUUUUUACAAGGGAGCUGUAGCUGCCAGUCCUCAUGUGAAUCUUACCAUAAUUUCUGCCCGGGAUUCUUGGGGUCAUGGUACACAUAUAGCCUCAAUUGCUGCAGGAAAUUAUGUCCAAGGCGCUUCCUACUUCGGAUAUGGCCAGGGAACUGCAAGAGGUGUUGCUCCACGUGCUAGGUUGGCUAUUUACAAGGUAUCAUGGCGUGAACUUGGAUCAACAACUAGUUCAGAUAUAAUUGCUGGUAUGGAUCAGGCAGUUGCAGAUGGAGUUGACAUAUUAUCCAUAUCUAGUGGAUCCGCUCAUCUUCCGCUAUAUAGAGAUCCUAUAGCAAUUGGGGCUUUUGGUGCUAUGAUGAAGGGCAUCUUGGUUACUGGUUCGGCAGGUAAUGGCGGUCCAGAAUUUGGGUCUCUAGUAAAUGGAGCCCCAUGGAUCAUGACUGUUGCAUCUGGUACCACAGAUCGAACCUUUGCUGGGACUCUGACUCUAGGCAAUGGGCAAAAGAUUAGGGGUUGGAGCUUGUUUCCUUUGGGAGCAAUUGUCCAGCAUUCACCGCUGGUGUAUAACAAGACCCUCUCUUCUUGCAAUUCAACGUUAUCCCAAGUCUUCUCGCCCGGCAAUGAAGUCAUUGUUUGUGAUGGUGCGGAGGAAGUUUCCUUUGAUGAUGGUUCGAGUAUAUUUUACUUUCAAAUGCGCAGUGUAACGGAGGCUGGAUUUCGGGCAGCUAUCUUCAUUUCUGCUGACCCAAGAGAUUUCGCUUCCAAAGAUUUUUCCAAUCCUGGAGUUGUGAUCGGGAAAAAGGAAGGUAAGCAAAUGAAAGAUUAUAUCAGGAAAACAGAGCACCCUACGGUGAGCAUAAGUUUUCUAGAGACGUACGAAAAUGUCAUGCCUGCACCCAGACUAGCCUCGUCAUCCAGUAGAGGACCUUCUCGAAGCUAUCUUGGAAUAGCGAAGCCGGAUUUAAUGGCACCAGGGGAGUCGAUAAUAGGUGCCUGGCCACCUGGGAUAUUUGCACUCCUUUUUGGUCGUGGUAUGGAAGUAGGAAAUGACUACUAAAUGGAAUCAGGCACAUCUGUGGCUAGUCCUCAUGUAUCUGGAAUUGCUGCUAUGCUAAAAUCUGUACGCCCUGAGUGGAGUCCAUCAGCUAUUAAAUCAGCAUUGAUGACCACUGCCAACCCUUGGGAUAACACGCAAAACCGAAUCAUCGCCACUGAGACCAACGAACCAGCCACGCCAUUAGGCACAGGAUCAGGGUUCGUUGAUCCAAACCGCGCACUUGAUCCAGGACUAAUAUAUGAUGCUACUCCACAGGAUUAUGUCAAUCUUCUAUGCUCCAUGAAUUUCACAGAAGAGCAAUUCAACACCAUUGCGAGAUCAUCGGCCAACCAUAACUGCUCAAAUCCAUCAGCUGAUCUCAAUUAUCCAUCAUUUAUUGCUCUAUGGGAGUUUGACUUGGAGAGGAAAAAUUACCCUUGGUUAGUUAAGAAAUUCACAAGGACUGUUACAAAUGUUGGUUCUGGUGCAUCUAAAUACACAGCAAAAGUGGAAGUGCCCAGGAAUGCCAGCAUAUCAGUAUCCCCACAAGUUUUAGCCUUUGGAAAAAAAUAUGAGAAGAAGAGCUAUACUUUGACUAUUCGAUAUAGAGGUAAUGAGAAGUUUACUGCUAAUUAUGGGUCAGUCACUUGGGUUGAAGAGAAUGGAAAUCACAUUGUAAGAAGCCCUAUUAGUGUGCAUCCAGUUAUUCAGGUUUGGGAUUCUUGAAGAAGUUUACAUGAGUUGAGUUUAAAUGGAAUUGUGAAGAUUCAUAUAGUCAAUCCCCAACUUGUUUGGGACCGAGGAAUAGCUAUAUUGUUGUUAUUGGGGUCUUUAAGGUCUUUUACAAUUUAAAGCAAAUAAAAUUCUAUAUUCACCUCCAA